AUCUUUGAAUCGUCGACGUUGGAUGCCCUGUUGUCGGCAUAAUGGCGUCUUUUGCGUGAUUUUGAUUUCGUUUUCUAGGUUAUGUAUGUAGUUAACAUUUUUUUUUUUCUUCUUCUAGAGUUUAAUUAUUAAUUGUUAAUAAUGGAGUGUAUAGUAGCGAAUGUGGAUCACAUGCGCUUUGACAUUGAAAUUGCAUUAGACGAACAAUAUGGAGCUUUACCCUUACCAUUUACCGGAAUGGACAAAUCUGUUGCAGCAGUUUGUCAAUUUUACCCUAAAGGUACGUGUUCGAAAGGAGCUGCUUGUCCAUUCCGACAUGUUCGUGGCGAUAGGACAAUUGUUUGUAAGCACUGGUUGAGAGGUCUCUGCAAAAAAGGCGAUCAGUGUGAAUUUUUGCACGAAUACGACAUGACAAAAAUGCCAGAAUGUUAUUUUUAUUCUCGUUUCAAUGCGUGUCACAACAAAGAAUGUCCAUUUUUACACAUUGAUCCUGAGACUAAAGUACGCGAUUGUCCAUGGUACGAUAGGGGCUUUUGCAGACACGGGCCAUUAUGUCGUCAUAGACACGUUAGACGUGUUUUAUGUAUGGCAUAUCUAGCUGGAUUUUGUCCAGAUGGAUCAAGUUGUAAAUUUAUGCAUCCAAGAUUCGAAUUGCCAGCCAUUCAGGAUAUGCAGCCAAAAGAGGGAAAAAAAGUCAUGAUCACAUGCCACUUUUGUGGGGAAAGCGGACACAAGGCCAUUUACUGCAACAAAAUGCCGCCAGAUAUGCGCGAGCAACAGGUGCGCCAGGAAAUGGACCGAGAGUAUCACCGUGGUGGGGACACCCAUCAUCGCGUCAAUAUGCAUAAUGGACCGCGUGGCGAUGGUCCCCGUGGACCCCAGAAGCCUCUUGAAGAGGUCACGUGCUACAAGUGUAGUCGUAAGGGCCACUACGCGAACAAGUGCCCCAAAGGACAUCUCGCGUUUCUGAGUCACGCGGGUAACGGUGGAGCCGGCGACGCCGGCGGGGGAAAUCAUUAAUGACGUUCCACUUGCUAUUACAUUGGAGAGAAAUACGUGAACAUUAGAGUAACGAGACUUUCGUUGUCGUAGCCCCGUUUAUUCUUCAAUGUGCUGAAGAAGAACGAGCCUAUAUGGCUUUUCGUUACUUUGAGGUGGACGAUUUAGUGUUUCUUCUGAAGUUAUUCUUUUGUGAAAGUGACUCGAUAUAGUGUGCUUUAAUUUAUCGUUCGCUGAAGUGAGUUUAUUUUUGCAGUGAAUUAUAAAAGAAGUAUAUUUUAAACAGAAAGUAUGAAGACGAAUGGCUUUAUACAUUGCAGUGUAUAAUUAGUAGUAAGCGUUGCGUAUGAUCAUUUAGGAAAGUAGAUGGUUUUUUUAAAUGUAUAAUAUAAAAUUUAUGCAUAAUCAUUUAAGUAAUAUUUUCAUUUAAA